AAUAAAAUAUAUAAAAUGAUCAACAUUUUAGAAUUAGUGAAAAAAUUUCAAUCCACUGUGCUGGGGGGAAUGGAGGAUGGAUUCUGCAGAUAUGGAAAACUUGUCUCCAAAUAUCCUGCCGUUGCAAUUAUUUUCUGUCUGGUUCUAACUGGCCUAUGCUCGAUAGGAUUUAUGUUCUGGAAAGAGGAAUCAGAUGGGUUAAAACUAUGGCAGCCCCAGGAAAGUGAAUACACAAAACAAACAAUAUGGUUGAAAGAAAAUUUUCCCCCAGAUACCAGGUUCUGUUCAAUCCUUCUACUAGCAGACAAUGUUCUCCAACCUUCAGUUCUACAACAGUUCUACCUUUUAUAUGAGGAUAUUGUAAAGAUACCGUACAACGACACUUCAACCACCAGCUUCUGGAAAACAAUCUGUAGAAAAAUACCAGGAGGGGAUUGUAUGGAGUUCUCCCCCCUCCAGGUGUUCAAGGAGUCUGAUGGUUCGUACAACAAGGAGAACAUCAACUCCCUCACCCUCGCCCAGAUACAGGACAAGAUCAACACUGUCUGGGGUAGAACAGAGAGUUUGUUUGGAAGCGUGAGUAAGACAGCUGAUGGUAAAGUAGAAUCUGCUAAAGCUAUGACUGCAAGGUUUAUCAUUUACUCUAAAAAUAGAGAAGAUGAAUCCAAGGAUUUUGAACUGAAACUAAUCAAUAUGGUGAACACACGACAGUUUAAGGACGGAGUGAGAGCUUAUCCUUUAACUCCUAGAAGCUUUGGUGACCUUGUUGGUGGCUCAAUCAGUGGUAAGAUGUAA